UUAGAUGCUAGGGGCCGUUGAGGCUAUCUCGGAGGGAGGGGUUCCCGUACACGAGCCUGGCCCACGUGAUGCAGAGGAGCGGGUGCCUUGUUUGAAUCCGCGGCGCAGAGAAGCGGGCGCGCGCCGGGUGCUGGGAGGGAGCGCACGCCGCAGCGCGCGGGCGGAGCAGGAUGCUGGGUACAUGUGGCAUGCAACAACGUCACCAAGAGGUGCUAAAGAAGAACCGGGUGUCACUGGCAAAGCAGCUGGUGUUGAAGGAGUUGCUGGAGCAUCUGAUAGAGAAGGACAUUAUCACCAUAGAAAUGAUGGAAACUAUACAGGCCAAGGCUGGGAGCUUUAGCCAAAAUGUAGAGUUACUGAAUCUGCUGCCCAAGAGGGGCCCCACAGCCUUCUCAGCCUUCUGUGAAGCUCUGCGAGAAACCAAACAGCAGCACCUAGAGGAAAUGCUCUUGAACGCCAGACCCAGCCUGAGCAAUGGGAUUGCAAGGCUGGGCCAAGAUUAUGAGUCAAGUGACCCGUUCCCAGUUCGUGAAUCCUGCCUCUCACCAAAGAGACCACGCCAGAUUGGUGAGCUGAUGGAGCAUUCCUUGGAUAAUGGAGAUGGUCCUCCAUGCAUUCCGGUGAAGCCAUGCACCCCAGAAUUCUAUCAUGCUCACCAGCGCUUGGCUUAUAAGUUGAUAUCACAGCCCCGAGGCCUGGCACUCGUGCUCAGCAACAUGCAUUUCAGCAGUGAGAAGGACCUGGAGUUCCGUUCAGGUGGAGAUGUGGAUUACACUACUCUGGAGAUGCUCUUCAAGCACCUUGGCUACAGGGUGACUGUCCUGCAUGAUCAAACUGUGCAGGAGAUGCAGGAGGCAUUGCAAAUGUUUUCUCAGCUGCCAGCUCACCGAGAUGUGGAUUCCUGCAUUGUGGCUCUACUCUCGCAUGGCAUCGAGGGUGGGAUCUAUGGAGUUGAUGGCAAGUUACUGCAGUUGCAGGAGAUUUUCAGGCUCUUUGAUAAUGCAAACUGCCCAAGUCUCCAGAACAAGCCCAAAAUGUUCUUCAUUCAGGCCUGUCGUGGAGGUGUAAGCGGAACCCACAUUCACCUCCCUCUGCCCUGCUGCUGCCUCUAUGAGACAGACCGGGGAGUGGAUCAGAGGGAUGGGAAAGAGCGCUCUGACUCUCCAGGCUGCGAGGAGAGUGAUGCCAACAAAGAGGAGAAUCCCAGGCUGCGUUUGCCCACACGUUCUGACAUGAUCUGUGGCUAUGCCUCUCUGAAAGGCACAGCUGCCAUGCGAAAUACCAAGCGUGGAUCCUGGUAUAUUGAGGCUCUCACUUCUGUGUUUGCUGAGGAUUCUCAAAACAUGCAUGUGGCUGACAUGUUGGUGAAGGUGAAUAGACUAAUCAAGCAGCGAGAAGGCUAUGCCCCUGGCACAGAGUUCCACCGAUGUAAGGAGAUGUCAGAGUACUGUAGCACACUCUGCAAAGACCUUUACCUAUUCCCUGGCUAUGUUCCUAGGAACUAACCCUGCUGUUCUUGUUCUGACGGAUGUUCUGACAAAGCUUUAAUGUGGACAGCCAUACUUUUACUGCUGUCAGUCUGGGCAUCUGACAGCGCAGCCCACAACAGGAAGUGUCCCUUCAAGAUUGGGUGCUCUUCCUGCUUGUGUGAAUCUCGCUAACUCCUCUCUGUCUGGGAGAAUCUUACAACUGUUGGUGACCCCCAACUCAGUUCAAGGUUUAAAAUCUUAAUGUUCCACUGGCUUGUCUCACUUUUAGCUGCUGGGCCAGGGGGAAUCAAUGGGGGAAUCAGGGCAGUGAUUGCAACACCUUCUGAAUGAAAGGAAACCUGUGGGCAUUGGUAGCCAAGAAUAUGAAAUCAGAAUCAGCCUUUCCUUUUUAAAUUUUGGAAAACUUGGGUCUGUUUCUAAAGAAAAUUAAGUUCUAUAUCGUUUUUAUAAAUUGCUGCUUAAUUUUUUUUAUACCGUUUAACUUGUUAAUGACUUUUUAAAAAGUUCUCUGCCUGGUUUCCCAAGCAGCAGGGUCUACAGCUGUGAAGGACAGGAAGGGAUGCCCCUCCCUGAAGUCAGGAGAGACCUUCCUCCCAGUAAAACAGAAUCUCUCACUACUGAAAGUCCCAUGGUGAAGGUUUUCUCUUCAUUUCCAGUAUACACCCAAGUUUGACACACUCAUCUACUUUGGUUUGGUGUUUUUGUUGUUGUUGUUUUGUUUAAGUCCUGAUAUUUUGCAUGUGUUUUCUAUAGCCAUAGGAGAGAAUUUCAGAUUAGCUGGAAAAGACAUUGUUGAGCUCUAGCUCUGAAAGCAAAGCUAUGUUUCUAUUUUAGAAGUCUAAUUCUGUCUUGGAAAUAUUUUGAAUCUGGGAACUCCAGGCUUGUUUCCCUCAUGAGUUCCAAAUGUGAGUUAGUGCACAGUUUUUGUAAUACCCACAUCUAAUUCCUAUGGUUUUCUGACCAUUCAAAUACUUCAGCAGGCUUCUGAUGAGUCUAUAAACUGUGCCAGGCUUGUGGAUUCCUUGUCUUUUGUUUAAGAAAUGUAUAAAUCUUUUUCUUUGCAAAGAGCCUGUCACUUUGUUUCUUCAUCACAAUGAUUUUCUUUCCGUUUAAAGUUUCUUUAAAAAACGGGGGGAGUUGCAGAAUUCAGCUUCACUCCCCCCCAUUAAUUUUUGCUUCCCCAACUAUGGGCAGCUAGAGAUCUUUGCUUGUCCACUGUUCAGUCCACAGGGCCAGUCAGAGAGAAGAGAUGGAGUAGGACACUCCAUCUGUUGGAAUCUAUCUAUGCAUUCUCUUUUCCAGUACAGUAACUCCUCACUUAAAGUCGUCCUGGUUAACGUUGUUUCCUUGUUACAUUGCUGAUCAA